GUAGUAUCGUGUGCUUUAUCUGUCGCAUUUCUGAAUCGCCCUGAACUCACGAGGUGGGCUGUGCAGUAUAUGUACUUUCGCCAGCUUCCCGAAAAGGCAACAAGAAUGAUCGUCGUAUGCUGGUUAUAUUGGGGCGCUUGCAGGAGGGGCCAAUCAUCAAACCAAUGAUUCUUGCACUGCCCGUAACGUUGUCCUUGGCGAUCCAUAGUACUUUGCGUUCCAGUUAUCUGACUUUGCUGACAAGGAAUCAGGACGUUCGUACUCGCAAGCGAUUAUUUGGUGUAGGCACUGUUGUAGGUAGUGGCGUAGGCAUCAAUAUCAUGCAAACAAAAUAAAUUCGCCCCCCUCCCUUUCGGGCUCGUUUACAUCAUCGCGCAGCAUGCUCAGGUAUAUAUUUACACCGUCCCGUCAUGGAUCCCAAUCCUUCCCGCUCUUUUCCACAGAUCGCUCAUAUCCACCAGAUCACGCAAACACAAAGACGCAAAUUCACAACACCCCAACGAGCACUCUAUCCUGUCAUACAUACCGAUAUGUUAAUCACCUUACGAAGAUGGUGGAGCGUCAUUAAAGGAAGUUUUCGAGACGCGAAAAACGAUUUACGCUGCGUAUUUCCCGAUUUCAAAUGCUGGGUAGCUGCCUUGUUGGGCUGCAUUCUCAUCGGGGGCCUUGUAACUGCCUUUACAUGGCUCAGUUGGCUCUAUAGUGAUCCUGCCGGAACAUUCAACGCGUGUCCUUAUGGUGAAUUCAAUGUGUUUCCAGAAUUGGAAUCCCCCUGGACCGCUACAGGAUUUCUUCAGAUAACCAUGUCUUUUGGACGAUUGUCUUUUGGGCAAGCUAAAGCUAUUGAUGUCUGUUGGGAUAUAAUCAUUGGCCGCGGUGGUCAAGCUGCUCUCGCCUAUAUCAGCUGGCGUACAUUUGCGUACUACGUGACUACGAGCAUGGAAGUAGCGCCUAUAACUUAUAGCUCUUUUCGAACGAUUUUUGUCGAGACCUCUCCAGGUAUAUACUCCACGGCUCGAUUGAUACGUGACUUUACUACUCGGAAGGGCUUGCAUUCUAGGAUUGCUAUGAUAUUUAUAAUAUACAGCGCGAUUCUUACGCUGCUGUUCUCCACACUCGCAAGCGCAAUGACGGGUUAUACUGUGAAUAACAUCUCACAGAUGAGAGACUACCAGUCAAACUCUGUUAAUUUUACACAGUUCAAAAUCCUGCUCUACACAAUCCAUGAUGGGGACCGAGUUGGACUCACGAGAGACUUCCUUGUCACGUCGAAUCCCAUGCAAGAUUAUGAGCCGGUGGUGGUUGGAGGCCGCGUGUUUCCGCCGGAAAUUAAGGAUCCUCUGUUCGAUACAGUGGACGAAUAUGUAAUCAUGAAUGUUCGGGAUUUUCACAACCCGAGCAACACAACAUCAUAUUACGGACAUUACAAUGAGAUAAAACUGGAACCUCCAGAGCUCAAUAUCUCGAAACAUUUCGGCAAAUUAGAUGGUCCCGAAGAGAGCCGUGGUUUGAAAUGGGAAUACAAGAACGAGGUUUACCCACUAGAUUAUAUUUCAAAAAAUGGUCUAUGCCAAUCCACAAAGGAUUAUGCGUGGGGGUUCUCCCUUAUCCUAUUAUUCGCAGUGAUGGGAGCACUAUUACUUUGGAGUAUAGGGAUAUCAUCAAUGUACAUGCACUCAAAGCGUAUAAUGAAUGAUAUCCAUCGAAUCAGCCUGGAUGGGGAGCAUAAAGCUAUAAUCCGUCUGUUUUUGGCGAUGCAUCAGGAGCUAAAUUUGGAUUUCCACUCCUUGAGAUCAGAAGAAGACCUAUCCGAGCAUGAACUCAGCAAGCUUGUCCAAAAAAUCGAUGGAGGCAGUAUCUCAUACUCCAGUCCGAUCUUUUGGAAAAGGACAGGUUAUAAAAUUCGGAUUCGCGAAAUACGGUGGUGGCUUGGUGCCUUCAUCAUCCUUUUGGCAAUAACUAUCUUUUUGCCCUUGAUUGUUCCUAUUGAGCAUGCUGAAUAUCUAGGCGGAGACAAUUUUUACAUAAGAGGCUACGUUUGGAGUACGAAUUUUGGGCCGUUACUCGGAACCUUUCUGUCGUGUCUUAUUGGCACAAAAACAGGAAGUCGAGUAGUAAUAACCUCUGUUCUUACACUAGUGUUCUGUUUAGCAUGGAUACCUAUUGUUGUUCCUAAUGGCAAAUCGUAUUGUGCUUUUAAUAGAUCCCAUUUCGGCGGAGAUGACUUAGAAUGCCUUUUGGUCUGAGGGAGCAUGGCUUACAUCUUGCUUGUCUACAUUCUUGUUAGAUAUACAGAUUUCUGCAUUACUGCUACUUCCUAUAGACGCAAUCUAGAAUAUCAAGUUACAGUAAUAACAAUUCCAUUUCUCUACGGCAUCUUCGCCAAGUUGCAAUCAACUUCAGUACUACACACCGACCCUAAUUCUUCAACCUCAACACCACAGAUAUCUCAAAUCCGUACAUCUCCACUAGAUCGUUGGGAUGUAAUAUACGUCACUACGUCAAAUGCACAGUCAACACCGCCCAGACUCACACACCAUCACCCAAAACCGCACAAACCACCCACCCAGAAAUCACAAUAGCUCUUUCUUUACGCAUCCAAAUACAAAACCCCCAAUCACCGCCCCCCCCCAAACUCAGCCUCUCCUUCACAGGCCCACCAACCCUUUUCCUCGCCCGCAGAAAAUAUACCCUCACCGCGCAACCCUCGAGUACAUCCCCCCUACCACCACCACCACCACCACCACCUCCUCAACAACCCCAAUCACCCAUCCACCA